AUGUUCUUCGGGAGCUGUGUGUGGAUAUUUGGUUUUUUAUUGUGUGGAUCUGUUCGAGCUGCUACAAAUACUUAUGAGGACGAGGUGUUGGGAAGGAAUGAGAGCAGAUCGCGAAUUUUGUCUAGAAGUAAAAGAUACUUAGUGUUUCCAACUGGCAGCUCUCUUCAAUUAGUUUUCUGUGUUCAAACAUCAGCACUUAUAACUAUUGGGGAUAUUUUUCUAUAUGGUAAUACUGCUGCUUUGGCAUGGAAUUUGCCAACCGAUCCAAAACUACUUCUUAUGCUGAAAGAUCACGAGAAAUAUUCUAACCGGAGAUCCGAUGACAGAACUAUGUACUAUGUGGAUGAUAAAGGAAAGAUAGUAGCCAAAGUUCCCUAUACGAGACGUCCUAUAGUUAAUCCAGCUUUUGCGAAACGAAGCAUAGAUGAGAAGAUGAGCUUCAAAAAGAAACUCAAAGGAAAGUUAGAUAGAAUCAAAAUGCAUGAGAAACAGGCUGAGAGAGAUUAUUUAAAAAAACAUCACUUUGAUGAAGACAGUAUUGAAUUUCACAGAAAUAGUAGAAUUGAUCUCUAUAAGAAAUUAGCACCUCUUAUAACAGCUCUGGGAGGCGACGGUCCUCAGUGCGUUCUUUACAAACUAUGCGAGUCGGCAAAGAUUUCGAAACAGGGUACAUUCCUGCAGGAGAUGCUACGCGUUGUCUUUACGUUACCAAAGGGAAAUUCAGAAGGCGGACACUACGACAAGGCCCAUUCAUCUCAAGACGACUGUCGCUCAUUAUACCCUACCUGUUAUAGUGAUGGUUACAGUUAG